AAAGAAAGAGACAACACAGACACAGGCAGAGAGACAGACGGGAUGGAAAGUGAUAAGGCCUCAGGGAACAGUGGAGCAACAGUCACUCCUCAGGUAAACUGCUUUGUCACAGAAGAAUAUUCCAUCAUUUUUGUCCAGGGGAUAUUAUUCCUUUCAUAACGCCAUAUGAAUACAUUUAGAUAUCGUUCCAGGAUUUGUUGGGAUACUGUGAUGUUGCAUUGUUGGUCUUAACUACAAAGUUUGUAAAGUACAAAUAUACAGGAUAUCCAAGCGUGGUAUUGUAUAAUAUGUUUGUCCUUUAAAAAUGAAAUUAACUAAUUCCAUGAAGUCUAAAAUGCAGACCUGCAACAUAUAUUUAAGUGGAAAAAUUCAGAUCAGUAUAAGUGUCACAAACUUAUGUAUAAGCUGCAUGUCUGUGUCCUUCCAGCCCUCUCAGGAUCAGCCAGGACCAGAGCUGGAUGCCUCAAGUGCCCAGCCUCGCUCUGAUCAAAGUGGUAAGAACAAAAAAAACAAAUACUAUAAAGCAGUGGUCCUCAACCUUCUUGAGUUAUGACUCCAUCAAUAUCAUUACUUUGUCUGUGACACUUCUUGGCUGAAUAUAGUCCCUUGUCCACCUCUUGCUGGCAUCUUUGAUAACUCUCCAUGAAAAGAUAAUGCAGUCAUUAAUCAGCAUUGUGUAAAUGGGAUCAUUUUCUUACAUGAUGACCAAAAUAUUUUGAAACCUCAACAGGAGUUGGGACCCCAAGGUUAAGAGCCAUUACUUCAGAAAAUAGUCAGAAAAAGACAAUAAAAUAAUAUAAAAUACUUAAAGCACUUUCAGUUAAAUACCCACAAGUACUUUUUAACUCUGCAUUGGUUUUCUUUUUUCCCCCCUUUUUGUCUGCAUCAAGGCACUGCCUUACAUACUUUACAUGCUAUCUACUUUUGCAUUUCAGUGCAGGAGGAUGUUUUUCAGGCGUCGCCUUACAUACCUUGUACCUCAGACCUUCAGCGAUCUGAAGACAUGGAGGAUCAUAAUCCACUGCCAGAGGAGGAGGAGGGGGGAAACUUACCUACUCUUGACCCUGAGCAUGUCUGUAUCUUUUUAUCGAUUGAAUGUUAAUGCUCCUAAAUUUGAAUAAUGCCAUCAAUGGCCCUUUUCACGCAUGCACAAGACUCCAGGGUAUUUCCUGACUUUAUUGGUUGUUUGUGAAUGCAAUUGGCAGAAUUUUCACCCACUGCAAUCCACAUUUCUUCCUGCCAGUCCUUCUUUAAAAUGUACACAAGAGAUUUAUGUAAACCAAUGUGUGAAUGCUGUUGGAAAAGGCACAAGAAUUCACUAUGAGCGAGUGGGCAGAGUGAUGACAAUCAGGUUGAGCGGAGUCUCUCUUAUUUGCACUCAGCGCUGCUUUCCUCAGUGGUCACUAUAAUGUUUUCUAAUGUUGUUUCCUGUGCUUAUACACAAUGUAAUAUUAUAACCACAGAAACAGCUACCUUUGUAAAAAUGUUCCACCUGCCUUCUCCGUUCACCAAAAACAAAGGAAUAUACUGAAUUAUGAGAGUGUGUCUGAUAGGAAAAAAACUUGUGUUUUAAAGAUCACGUGUAACUUCAAAUGCCCAGGGUCAUUUAGGGUCUAGAAAAUGCCUGGAGUUUUUGUUUGAAAGGGGCUUUUUGCCUGUUUUUCUGCCUGGUAUGUUAGGUGCACAAUUGAUCCUUAAGACUUAGCUUGGGCUUUAAAGAAUUAUAUUUACACCAAAAGCAGUUGUUUCAUAUUUAGUUGGUUGAUAUUUCUGUUGCCUUCUUUCAUGACUGUUGUGUUUUGUUUCAUCUGUCGGGCAGCCCUUGGUCAUACAGUAUCAAGCAGCUGUUCGCGAAAAGCUGCUCAAGGAGCUGGAGAGUGUCAACAAGAGUCUGGAGGAAAAGGUGGGCUAAUGUCACUGAACGUCAAAAACUUAUUUUUUGAUUUUGUUAACUCUCCCUUACAUACACACAUAGACCAAAAUAAAAACACAACACUCCCUUGAUUUUACGUGUUUGGUCCCUGUAUGUCCAGAAGAUGGUGCUGUUGACCUGUAGAGAAAUUGAAGCGAACCUUUUUUGUUUAUUUUGAGUUGCUGUCCUACAGAUAAAUCAUGUCUUCAACAAUAAAAAAAUCAUGAAAAAAAGGAGAAACAUUUAAGUAUGAAAGAAAAGAUAAGAUCCCCAAAGGAAAACUCAAGUUUCAAACAGAAGAAAGUAUAGAAGGAUUAUCUGAAUAGCCAGUAGAGUAGUUUGAUGAUCUCUUUAUCUCUCUGCUAUUUUCCCAGCGUGCAUAUUCGAAAGCAAGUGACAAAAAACUCCAGGAACAGAGUGUUGAGCUAGACAUGCUCAAGAAGCAGCUUGCUAUAUCUAAGGCUGGGCUGGAGGAGGAUUGUAAAGCCAAGUCAGAAUCAGAAGCCAAACGCCGGCAGUCACAGGCAAAACUGGAGGAUGCGAGGAGAGAGUUUACCAGAACUAAAAGGAGACACGACGAAAAGAAAGCCAAAGGUGAGGCUAACUGUAUCCUCUUUCCCCCAGGAUUUUUGAUCCAUCUGUCUUUAUCUUUAUUUAGGAAUUUAACGUUAUAGAAAUAAUUUGUAACAAUUCUCAUGAUUGACAGCAUAUCAGAAAGUACAGCAGCAAGUUUUAGAGGAUAGGCUGGAGUUGUAUUUUUUUGAAACAGUUCAUUAUAAUGUUUUUUUUUUUUUGGUCAUAUUCAGAAACUAUAAUCCUGUGCCUCUCACACAGUUACAUCUGUUAUCCACAUCCACCCAGGAGAGAAAAUAUAGACAAACAAGCCUAACACAAAAGGGCUUUUAGGAAGUCAGAGCAACUCUAUUUAUGUCAUGUAAUUUAAUGGAGAACUAUGUCUGAUCUGUUUUUGUUGGCUGUUCAACCCCUGAAAUUGCGCUGAAUUUCAGAAUGCAAGUAUCUUUUUGAGGCAGUGUGGACUGCAGCACCAGGAUUGUUACUUUAUUGCCAAGGAUUUGGUUUGAAUUGCAAUUUAGGUUUAAGAUUCAGAUUUUUAUGCUUUUUAUGAAAAACCAACAGUUAAACUCAGUUGAAGAGACUUAAAGGACAUAUCCGUCGGUUUAGUCCUGAUAACUAUAAAACAAUGUUUCAGCAAUAACAAGACAGUGACUGCAAAGGCCCAGGAUAAAAUUGAUUAGUGUUUUUUAUUUCCAUAGUGGCUCAGCUAGAGGCUGAGUUGGACAAACUGAUGAAACAGGUCACCUUCAUAAAAGGAUUGAGUAAGGAUUUGCGCAGUGAUGUGAAAGUUAAGAAGAAUGCCAGGAAAAAAGCGGGACAUAGGAAGAACCAAGCUGAAGAGCAGAAACUACAGCAGGUGGAUAGACAGUUCACAUCCAAAACAGCUUGUUUUGAACCACAAGGCAUUAUCAUGGAUUAUCGAGCUUUUAUCUGCUGAACAUGUUUGUCUUUAUCAGGAUAUGUAUGUGGAGCGUCUGACAAAGGACCUGGAGAAGGUGAAACAGCAGUCAGCCAUGUAUGAGGCGCAGGCCACUGCUCAAGUGGAGAAGAAAGAGACGAUCAAACAGGCACUCUCUGAGGUAAUUUUAGAGUUGCCCAGAAGACCUGCAAGCCUGCAAGUACUGUCAUUACCAAGCAGGAACUACAAAUACAAAACCAAUUCCAGAAGAGUUGGGACGCUGCACCACUUCUUUGAAAAAUGUUUGAACACCACUUAAUAUGUGAUGGAAAAUUGUUCAAAGAAAGCACACCAAUCAUUGGAACUGAGAAAUGUGGUAUGUUAUGAAGAAUAUAUGCUUGUUACAACUAAUGCCAGCAACAAGUUCCAGAGGAAUUCAGACUGGGGUAUGUUUUCCAUUGUUCUGCAUCACCUCUUCUUUGAACAACGCUAUUUAUAUAUUUGGGGAAUGAGAAGACUCCUUUCCAGAGUUUUGAAAAUGAAUGUAACAAUGUUAUCUGAUACAGGAUUUGUCGCCUUUGAUGUAUUUUUCAAUUUACGAUGCCCCAUAUGUUUUCAAUGGGUGAGAAAUCGUGGCUGCAUAAAGACCACUUAAACACCUAGCUUUAUUGACUGUGGAGCCAUGCUGACGUGGACUGGCAUUAUCUGACUAAAAUAUGCAGAGUCUAACCCUAAAGAGACACUGUCUGGAUGGCAGAAACCUGCCUGUUAUUCAGUAAGAAUGGGGCUUUCACAGAUGUGUAACCUUGUUCACACCUUGUACCAUCACAGAUUAUGCUUUUGGAAAUGAAAACAAGUGAAGUGGUUGCUCUAACAUGAAUAGCGGAGGGCUAAAAGUCCAUGAUUUCUGAAAGGAAUGUCUGAUUUUGAUUCAUUAGGCCACAAGACAAUUUUCCUACUUUACUCCAUUGUCUCAGUCCAUCUUAAAAGGGUUUGAGCCCACAGAAGUCACCCCUGGUUUUGGAAUAUGUUUGCAUGGGCUCAUGCAGACAGAAUUAAAAAAAAAAUCUCUGUUUUUUCAAAUGAUUUUAUGCACUUGAGAUGAUAGUGUCCCUAAAUUCUUUGCAGUUUCAUACUGAAGUGGGAUUACUCUGAAAUUGUUAAACAAUUUGUUCAUCCAGUCUCUCAUAGAGUGGUCUUCUUUACUGCUACUACUAAAACUACAUAAAUAAGCAUAUAAUUUUCAGAAAACAAACAAACAAAAAAAUGACAGUUUGAACAUUUAAUACGUUUUCAUUGCACUAUUUUCCGUUAUUUAUUGUGAUGAUUGGCGAACCAUCAAAUCUGUACAUAUUUGGAAUUGGGGUUGUACAUAUACUUGUUGAAGAAGUAGCUACACAUCAGUCUCAAAAUAUAUGAUCUGGAGUUUCUGUCUGUGUGCAGGCUGAGAUGCAAAUUGAGUCUCUGGCGAUGACUCGUAAGGAGCUGCUGCAGCAGUGUAACAGCAGUCUGACAGGCCUGAGAAAACGAGAGGAAGCCUACUCUGCAAUGCAAGGGGCCAUGGGGUAAGAAUGUUCCAAAGAAAGGCUGACUAUACCUCCAUUUGAUUUCCAUCAUUUUGGUCAAAGCGUUUCCCCUUGAAUAAAUGUAACUGAUACUGCUAAAGAAAUCCUUGAUGAACAUCAUCAUCAUAACUAUGAUGGCUUUCUGAAUGAGAGAGUCUUGGUUUGUCGAAUUGAGAACAAAGCAAAAAAUGGAGAUAAUAUUUAGUUAAUGCGGCUCAGGCCUCCAUAUUAAGGCAACAUUGACGUAGUGAUGGGUAUAGAGCACUUUUUAUAGAGAGGUAGAUAAGCAUAUCAAAAACAAUGAAUGUUGGCUCAGUCUUUUUUUGUUUUCACAGGACUGUCACAGCCCAGGAGGUCUUGCUGGACAGAGAGAUUGAAGGGUACAAGAAAUCUAUCUCUAAAGAACGUGAGCGAAACGAGACACUCAUCACGCAGCUUAACUGGACUCAGACGAAAGUUACCACCUCUGAAAAGCAGAUCAGUCAGAGGCAGGCCCAGCAAGAGGCCCUACAUCAACACUACACUACCUGCAGUCGCAGCCUGGGGGAUACUGAACACACUCUUGCUGUGCUGUCUGAGGUAGCCAUAGGACACUGGCUUUUUGUUUCAACAGCUCUGCAACAAAAUUUCCCAGAGGCGUGUCCUCUGCAACUAUUACACACUGUUUUUUUUUUUUCCUUCUUCUUCGUUUUAGGAAAGCAGCACUUAUCAGGCUCAGGUGGAUGAUCAGAGGAAGCAGUUAGAGAAAGAGAGAGCUGUGCGUCUGGAGUUAGAGGACAAGAUAAAGAAGCAUAUGAUGCAGGAGCUUACCCAUAACAAAGCUGCAAAAGAAUCCCAAAGACUCACCAUCAAGAUGACUGCACUAAAGAAGGAAAAGGUACUCAAAAAACACUCAGAGUAGGAACACCCAAAGAGUUGUUUAUUGUCUCCUUUUUAUGGAAAUAAGCUUCAUUAAAAAAAAAAAUCUAACUCACAGGCUCUAGGUCCUCAUUGCAGCAGUGAGAGUAAAAUUUUAACUGUGUGAUGCAAAUUGGUGGUAACUGUGCAGCAAUAUUCAACGGGAAUGUCUUCAUAAAAAUUCACAGUGAACUUGACAAGAAUUCCAGAUCUAAAUGACCUGUAGAAUUAACUUCAAAGCAUCCACACACAAACACACAAGCUGAUCUAUGGAGAGCAGGCAGUGAGGGUUGUGUAUUUCAAAUGUGCAAAAUAACACGCCUUUGCUUUCAUGAAUAUGUCAUUUGGGGUGCUUCUGCCCUAACAUGCUAAAUACUGGGAAAAGAACAUUCAAAGAAGUUCAUUUAGUACACACACUUAAGGAUUGACUUAGGCUGAGAAUAGUAUUUGUGACUGUGACUCUGUCUUAAUAUAAUGCCCUUGAAAAGAAAGAGCAAAUCCAGGUUCUCAGUGUCGUCAAUGUUGCUAUUGAUACAGCCAAGAGGAGACAGAACUAUAGACACAUAUCAGUCUGAUUCAGUCAUUUCUCAUGAACUGUUUGAGGGUAUUUUUUCAUGUCAUUUAUGUUGAGAGACCUCAUGACGCCUGAAUGAGUGAGGAGGAGCAUGCUCAGCAGCACAAAAUACAUAUGUACUGUAUGAUAAGGAUAAAGAAGACAGUUGCAUUUUUUCCUCAGAUCUCUCAGUUGUGGCAGCUGGAGAGGAACAUAGGGGCAGUGGAACUGGAGAACAACAAGGUCAGCCAACAUCUGGGCAGCUUGGCCGUCAUCCAGAAGGACUUUGAUGACCAGAUCUCCGAGAAGACCAAGUUACUGGCAGCCAAUGAAAGAAAGCGUUCUUCUUUUUUCACACUCAUUGAGCGACAGGGCACUAUCAAAGCUAACUAUUAUAAACAGAUCCAUCAAAUCACAGCCAGGACUGGGGUGAGUGAAUCUCAAGAAGAAGCAUUCCCUGUUUGCAGUUGUUAGUGUGAAAUAUGGAUUUAUUUGCAUUUGAUUACACAUCACAUGCUCUCUGUUUGAUUUGUUUGUAUUCAUUCACAGCAUGGAGACCUCAGUCCCAUGGAGAUCAAGAUAAGGGCACUAAUGGCUGAGACUGAGGAGGUGGCAGCAAAAAUCCAGAGUGUCCAGCAGCUCCUUUUGACACGGAUGGGGACAGUAGUAAUACUGAACAAGGAAAAAGAAGCAAACAGCAGAGAUAUAGCCAAACUGCAGAUAGAGUUCAUAGACAUUCAGCAGAAGACAAUUUACCUUGAGAGUGAGUGAUACACCACUAUUUACAAAGAAACAAACAAAUGCACUGAAAGGUACACAUGUUAAAAGCAUGUUCUUGAUAUUCAAUCAUUUUAGCCUGACAUCCAAAUGACAUUCAGAGUUAUACCAUAAAGAUGUGCUGUCACUUUGCCUUCUUCAUCCUACACCAACCCUGGGUUUCUACGUGGUACAGGCAAACAUGACAUUGAUUCUAGUAGGCUAACUCCCAGGCAUGGGAUUAUUGCAGAUAUGAAAUGUUUCUGGGCUACUCCACCUGCUCUCUUUUCUCUUUAUCAUUUCUGCAGAGAUUAAAAGAUUGUAUUAGCAGUGCAAAUUAUGUGGUUGAGUGAGCAAGGCUGGAAGUUAAGAUUGGCAGUUGAAUGUAAAUAUCUAAACACGCACUUCAGCCAGAUUACCUCCUGUUUCUUCUGGAUUUUAACAUCUUUUUUUUUCCCCAAAAAUAAAUGUUGCUGAUUUCCCUUUGGUGUGUACAAAUAAUAUUAAGAGAAGUCUGAAAUUUGAAUUUUCAAAACGAGGACAUUUUUCAAAAGGCAAGCAUGUCCAAAUUCUGUGAGGUUGAUGUUGAACCAUCUCAAAUCCCUCCAGGUCAGACAGAAGCAGAGCGGCACGAUGAGACUGAACUGGAGAAAAAUACAAAGCUGCUGAGAAGAGACCUGCUGAAGCUUGACACACAGCUGUUCGAGAAUGAACGACUCAGCAAGGCACUGAAGCAGGAGAAUGCACUAACAGAGAAAGACUUCAUGAGAAGACUCAAGGCAUGUCGUAGCCCAAUGAUCUUCGUUUUUCUCUCUUUUUUUUGCACAAUGCUUUUGAAAGUCAUUUUAAAUGUGGUAAAAAUGCCUUCAGGAGGCUGAGCAGGAGUCCGCAGAGAUGCAGAUGAAACACGAGAGGAUCCUGAAGGAAAAGGAGAGACUCCUCAGCUGUCUGCUUGAGGCUGAGUAGGUCACAUUUAUAUUUUUGUUUUUUAUUUUAUCCUCAUUUUAUGUUGUAUGGCAGUCAAUUGUUCACAGAUUUUUGUCAUAUUAAGGCUUGUGGUUAUUUUUAGGUAACUGACUCGAAAGCAGCUACACCACAAUACUUCAAAUGUAGACAGAUAAAUAGGGAAUUUGUAAAGUUAGGAUUGGUGACUUUAGUGAUUCAUCCAAAAUAUAUAUAUAUAUAUAUAUACAAAAAAUAUACGGUAAAGUCAUCUGAAAUUAAUGUCCACAGCCCCGUCUAUCAGUUUUUUUUUCAUUUUAGUGGGCUAAUACUUUGGUUCUGAUUUUUACUAGCACUCUUUGUUCUGUGUGUGUGGUUGACAGUCAGCAGAUCAUGCUGUGGGAGAGGAAGAUCCAGCUUCUUAAAGAGACUCGUUCUGUUGUGGACGCAGAGAUGUACCACGGAGACAUCCGUACAAUGAAGGCUGAGAUACGCCAAAAGAAGGUAAAACCUUUAACACAUAAUGCUUCAAAUGAUGCCAGUAAACUGUUAUAUUUUGUUGUUUUAUUAACAAUAUUUCCUUUUAAAUGUGCCAAAUAUUUUUAGAGCGGAAGUCAAAUUUUAAGAAGCCAUGUACGUAAAUAAAAACCCUAAAGCUUGAAAAAACUAGAAAUUAUUUGUGCAUUGUAAUUAGAAGCACAUUGUUCUUCUCUGUAUUUAUGCUGUUGUGAAAACAAAACCAGUUUUAUUUCAGUACAAAUGCCCAAACCUCUCCACUUUGCAUAAACUUAUAUGACAUAUUUACAACUUUUUUACAUGGAGGAAAGGUUUUGUACCGUAGACAUACUCUCAGAAGGAUACUACAUCAAAAUUUAUUUAUUCAUUUUUUUUUAAAUUAGAGUAUUGACAGAUUGCAUUAACAUCACAUAUUAACAAAUAGAAAAGUUCUAAAAAAAUUUCUUUUUGCAUUUUAAACCAAAUUUUCUGAUAUACGUGAUGUCAGUGUAAUCACACUGGGACUUAGGGAAAAAUAUUAACACAAUAUUGUUAUUAUUUAGUACUAUUUUGCCCCUUUCCACACACCAUAGUUCAGCCGCUGUGGCAUCUUCUUACCCCACUGCACUUUUGAAUAUCUCACUUCAAAAAAGUCCCAAACUGGUCUGAUGACACGUCAAAUGUAAUUUACACAUUAUGUCAAAUCGUAUUAAUAUAUCACUGGAAAACUUACCAUCAAGGAGUUAAGCAUAUAUAUGCAGCUUGUCAGUCGAAUGUCUGUUAGCAACUGCAUCAACAAAAGCCAGCAAAGCACUUUUUUGUGCUGUGGGUCAAACACUUUGGGGCUGUCAUGUUCAAGACCACAGUUGAGUAGGAGUGCAGCAUGUCUUUAAGUUAUGAAACUUAAAGAUUAGAUCGAGAUGAGAUUAGAUACAACUUUAUUUAUCCUUUUGCCCAGGUUCUUUUAAAGGUGGGUUAGGCAGGAUCUGAGGAAGUGCCAGUUUUUGGAGGAAAUCUUGAAUGUAAACACUACCCCUUCCAACCAGUUUUCCCUUCAGCUCCUCCUCUCCCCUCCCUCUCUGCUCCAGCAAGCCCUGCCCACAAACAGAUGCUCCUGUUCGCUCGUAUCUUUCCAAUUAAAUUCAGAUAUAAUGCAGAUAAAUACUUCAGAUAAUUACAAACUGGGCCCAGUCAAACACGUUUGCAGGACUUCUACAACUAGGAUAAAGAAGUGACAUACUCCAUGACCUGGGGUAAACAGUUUAGCGGCGCUACAACACACAGCAGGUCCCGUUUGACAAGAAAUACUUCUGUUACAGACACUUGGCUUACUUUGUUAAAGCGGUUUACCUGUUCAGCAGAAAGGUUACAGAGUCCGUAAGAUCCUGCAGCUUCCCCCAUCGUUGAUGCUUCAUUGAUGUUGACCUGGCUUUUUUGCACUUGUCCGGUCUACCUCCAUUUUAAGCGCUAGUUAUCACCCACUUCGUUUUCUUGUUUGUGUUGGCAGCCGUGGCCAAAGGAGGAUUCAGACAAUAUUGGAUUAUUGAUUGGAUUCUCAAAUCAAGACACUGGUUAGAAUUUCUUGACGUCUUAAAUGUAGACAUAACACUUUUUUGAAAGCCACAGUAACAGAAUACACAGUUCAAAAAAUUUACUCAUUGGCAGUCUUAGAGUCUCUUGAUAACCUACUCAGUGGCAUAGUGUGACCAAACCGAAUGGUUUAACCUCUGUUGAAAUUUUUUCUGUUGAAAGUUUUAUUCGUUAGACAUUAAAGUCUGGUCUUUGUGCUUUUCUUUUUGUUUCGGAGCUUUUUUAAAAAUACAUUGACUUUAUUUAAGAGUGUGUGUGUUUUUGUGCAGCUGCGAAUCAACCAGCUGACAAAGCGGCAGGGGCAGCUUGUCCGAGAGAGUGAAGCACUGGUAGAAAGGAGGGCAGCCCUGAUGGAGCGCUGUAAGGCCAUGUCCAACAGUCCCAAAAAAACGACCAGAAACAGCAACCCCCUUGUCAAUCAGCGCCUGCAGCGCAAAAUCAAGGACGCACACAAAGUAUGACACUGGAAUUCUGUUUCUGCUUUCAUAGAUGGAGCGAAAUUAUGGCAAAAUUAUCUGAUAAGCAGUUUGUAUAAUUGCAGCGUGAAGCCAAGUGUGAGGAAAUGAUCAGGGACCUACAGGAGAGCCAGGUCAGUCUCAAGGACAGGCUUCUGCAGCAAGAGCAACGACUGAUAGAUCUCCGCAGCACCAACUCCAUGCUGGACCAUGAAAUUGUAAAUCUCCGGGACACCAAAGACAGCGUAAGAAGCACUUCCAGUAUUGUGCACUGCAUUACAACACAAACAUUUUUACUGCCACGUAGAUGUCUAUAUCAGUCGUCUUAAAUGCGCUUAGUGACUGUGUGUAUUUUUUUUAGGCUUCGGCAUAGCCUUAGUCCACCGUAAAUUCUCAAAUACAGGCCUCUUAGGCCUAUAGGUCUUUUAAUAUAGGUCUUUUAUUCAUUUGUACUGCCUCAGGUACCAGGCCUUUAUAUGAAACAAGCUUUGAUUAGAAGCAGGCUCCUAAAUCAAAUUCUGCCAGUCUCAGAAUGAUAACUGUUCAUAUUUUACACAAAGUUAUUGUCAAACUCCAGCUAAAAAGACAUUGCAUUAUUCAGAAAACACAAAGGGUCCGAAUUGAGCAACCAAAAGAGAACAGUUGUGGAAUAAAUCACAUUUGUCAUUUCAGAGAAAUAUAUCUGCAUCUGCAUCUUUAAAUUAACCACAAAACAAUCAUACCAACAAACUCAUUAGAUUAGAUAAGAUAAAAUAUGAUAAGGUAAGUUAUGAUAGGAAGAAUUUAUUCAUCCCUGAGAGGAAAUUCACUUAUCUAAUAGUCAUGCAGUUUCCUUUUUUCUACACAUGUGCAGUCAUACCUGUUAUUUCCACAGAAACUGCAAUGAAAUUUGUGGUCAUCAUUUCAUAUUUUUCAUAAUUUCUCCUGUAAAUGAAGGAGGAAAGGUUUUUGGAAAGGUUUUGUAAUACUUAAAUCCAACAUGGUCCUUUUUUGGUUAUUGAGUGCAAAGAUGACCAGUAAAGAGACCAGUAUUUAUGUAGAAAAGUAGAAAUAAAAAGUCAGAUAGGACUAACAGCCUAAAAAUAUUCUGUCGCAGAAAUGUCUCAAUCAAAAUUAAAUCACUUCGUUGGUUUGUACCACUGGAUUACGAAUAGUAGUAUAUUUGCACUGUCAGUUACACAGAUGGAUUAGAAAUGAUAUUCAUUUUGUCAAGUAUAUGAAUUAAUUACAUGUUUUGACCAUUUCCACAGCAAUUCUUCUUAACACUGUCAACAUAGCUGUUUGCUAGUAACAAGUCAGCCAGUCUAAGACAUAAACACCGGUCAACCCGGCCUCUGUCUGUAGACAUGAUAAAGCGCGAACAAAGGUGUGCUGAGAAUGUUUAUUUUAUAACGUACAUCAUGUUGUUGAUUUAUUGAUGUGUGCAUCACUGUUUCCACCCAUGACAGCCACAACCACACACCUCGAAUGGCAGGCAUAGCUGCCUGUCGUUUGUUCACCCUCUGGGGCACUGUUGGAAAUUUUCAGAAAAGUGACAACACAUCAACACUCAUUAUCUACCUUUUCUUUGCCUAUAGAACCUGUCCCACUUGGUGACUCUGCAGAGUAGGAGCAAGAGGCUGCAGGAGGUGAGCAAGGGCAGCUACCGAGCCAUGUCCACCCCUGAAUCCAUUGAAUCCUCCCUGCAGAAACAGAUGGAGCGUCUGCACACGACCAAUGCCAUCUUGCAUCGUGUGUGUCAGGAGUUCCCCCAGCACCAGGAGAAGCUGCGCAAGAUACUGUCAGCACUGGCAUCACGUUUACAAGCCCUGGAGCAGAAGACUUUGUGAGAGAAAGGAAAGGAUGUAGACCUGAUAUUAAGUACAGGGACAAAUGGAGAGGAUGGUGUAAUGCAGCAAAAAUACUUUAUUGAUUUAUUUAUUUAUUUAUUCUCAAAGGGAAAGUUUUACAGUUCCUAUAGUAAUGGUUCAACAUCAGUUUUCCCUGUUUAUUUUAAAAUAAAAACUUAGGUUGUUCACAAUCAGUGUUACAAUCAAAGCAAAAUGCAAACGAUAAAACACAAGCCAUCCUUUUCUUCUUAAGUCAUCUGUUAUGAAUUUCCUGUUGGGAAUCAAUAAAGCGCUUGUAUUUUUGUCAUAUUAUGCCAUCCUCUGCAUUUUUCACUGUACUCACUAAGGACAAAAGAGACUGAAGGGCACUGAAACAGAUAUGUAAAGUUGACUGUCAUCAGCACAAAAAUGAUAGCUGAUGUGCAAUAAUAUUUCCGUGUGGAAGCAUGUGAAAAUUAAAUAGAUCCAGGAAUGCAUUCCUGAGCGGCACCAUAUUUAAUGUGUCUGACACAUGGGAACAGAGGCUGAUAAAAAAAAAUGGUCUGUUAAAAAAAUAUGAACUGAAGCAGGGUAAAACACUACCAGAUGCCUGCACUUUGUGAGUCUGUUGAUUAAAAUGUUGUGACUGACAGUGUCAAACGCAGAGCUAUGGUCCAAAAGAACAAGUACUGUCAUGUUAUUUUCAUCUAAAAUUAAUUUGAUGUCAUUUACAUCUUUAAGAACGACAGCCUGAUUGGAGUUUAUUUUCUAGAAUAGUGUUGUUGGUUAAAUGAACAAGAAGUUAUUAUACAGGGCAGAGUUACUGUAACGCAUUGUGUUGACAAUUCUGUCUCCCCAUAUAUAUUUUUUAAAUAGGAGGAAAAUCCCUCAGCUUUAAGAGAUCAGUUAUUGUUAUCAAAGACCAGUAACAGAUUGAGACUUCUCAUACCCUUGUUUUUAAAGGUGCAGUAUCAAUAAAAUCAUUAUUU